UAUUAUACGAGCUUCUCUUGAGAUGGCCCAGAGCUCGUCACAGUUGGAGCGGGAGAAAUAAAGUGAACUUGGGAGGAGGACCGUUUCCUCUCCUCCUCCUGACCUGUUUGUAAGUGAGGCAGUUUGAAGCUGAAGGGCGACCGAGUUCUUGCGCCACCCUCCUCUCCGGCGCUUCGCGCGUUUUGGGUGGAAGCGUCGCCUCGCGCCCGCAGCCCUGGACCCGCAUCGCGCUGCUUUGAGUCCGAUCGUCGGGUUCGAGCGCGCGCUGCCUCCGCGUCACACUCACAGCCUCAGCCGUGCGAGUCGCCGCUCCCCCCCGUCUGCUCCGAAUGGCUCUACCUGCGUCUCCUGCGCGCCUCCUUCGUCUCCGUCUCCUCCUCUUCCUCCACGGAGCGUCGGCUCCCGGGCGCGCCUCCGAGGGGAGACAUGCCCGACUCUGAGAGUGAUGCCCGAGGAUGUUGUUGAAGCGGUCGGCGGGGCUGCGUGGUUCGGCGGAGCGGAUCCCCUGUGCGCUGUCUUCCCGCGACUCUUCCCCUGCUGUCUUGCCUUUAGUUUGCCGCGCGGUUCAGACGGCACCCAUACUCGAACCUCUCGACUCACAUCUGACUCGGCAAAGAUGAGCCUACAUGGGGCCGGUGGAGGCUACGACCGUGUCCGGGACCAUAGGAGGCGCCGCUCCAGUGACCGCUCCCGGGACUCCUCUCAUGAGAGGGGUGACAGCCUGCUGACCCCCUGUAUCAGGAUCGUGGCUUCACCCACCCGACAGCAGACUAGCGAUCGUGAUCGGGACCCCAGUUCACCAUCACGGACCAGUCCCCGGCCCCACAGACGUUCUGGAAGCACCCUGACUGGAGCGGAGGCUUCCUGCAAGAUGUCUGUGGAGGAUGACAUGGUCUUUGUCUAUGACAAUGCCAAGGAGGUAGGACGUAAUACCAGGGUCUCCGAGCGGGUGACGCUCAUCGUCGACAACACCCGCUUCGUGGUUGACCCGUCCAUCUUCAUAGCACAACCCAACACCAUGCUGGGGAGGAUGUUCGGCUCUGGAAGGGAGUACAACUUCACACGACCCAACGAGAAGGGGGAGUUUGAGGUGGCCGAAGGCAUCAGUUCCACUGUCUUCAGGGCCAUUCUGGAUUACUACAAAUCUGGGAUCAUCCGCUGCCCUGAUGGCAUCUCCAUCCCGGAGUUGAGGGAGGCGUGCGAUUACCUGUGCAUCUCCUUCGACUACAGCACCGUGAAGUGCAAAGACCUCAGUGCCCUCAUGCACGAGCUGUCCAACGACGGUGCGCGCCGGCAGUUCGAGUGCUACCUGGAGGAGAUGGUUCUGCCCCUAAUGGUCGCAAGCGCACAGAGCGGCGAGCGGGAGUGCCACAUUGUGGUGCUGACAGAUGAUGAUGUGGUGGACUGGGACGAGGAGUACCCGCCACAGAUGGGCGAGGAGUACUCGCAGAUAAUAUACAGCACAAAGCUUUACCGUUUCUUCAAGUACAUAGAAAACAGGGACGUGGCCAAGUCUGUAUUGAAGGAGAGAGGACUGAAGAAAAUCCGACUAGGAAUUGAAGGCUACCCAACGUACAAGGAAAAGGUGAAGAAGCGUCCAGGCGGUCGCCCAGAGGUCAUUUACAACUACGUGCAGCGGCCAUUCAUCCGCAUGUCUUGGGAGAAGGAGGAGGGCAAGAGCCGCCACGUGGACUUCCAGUGCGUGAAGAGCAAGUCCAUCACAAACCUGGCAGCAGCUGCUGCCGACAUCCCCCAGGAUCAGCUGGUGGUGCUGCACCCAGGUCCACAGGUGGAUGAGCUGGACGUGCUUCCGAACCACCCCGUGCCUGGCAGUCGCUAUGGCUACAGCGGUGAGGUGGAGGCUGACGUCCCCCCACCUCCUGAGUGAACCUCAAGGAUCAACUGUACUGUAGCACCCAGCAGGGUUGCUGGACACUGGCAAGAGCGCAGUCGACUUUAAAUUUUUUUUUUUUUUUUUUUAAAGUUUAUUCCAGAUUUUGUUUUGUACUUUUUUUUUUUUUUUUUUUUUUUUUUUUUUUACUGGGGCAUUCAAACAGAAAUGAGCACACACCCUUGUCAGCUUGGACCUAUGCUGGAGGUCAGACUUCUGCCUGUUUCUCAUGUGAUGCAGUCUUAACUGCUGCCAGGACCACACUUCUCAGGACUGCAGCUCUCUGAGCUCACCGUGGAGCCUCUCAGCUUCCUCACAGAGAUCCACGUCACCUUUACGACCACCCCCUCCCCCCCCUUCCCCAACAGCCACAGUAAGAGAUCACCAGCCCGCCGUGUUGAUCACUAGCCAGGGUAUAUUCUGCUUGGACACUUUCCUAUAGUGAGAAGUUCUUUUAACAUUUAAGAGAUACAUAAAUUUCAAUAUAUAUUGUUUUAAUAAAGGCUUUGAAAUCACUUUGAGAACA